AUGAGUUUAUUUAGUUUAUCAAAUACAAAAAUUUUUGAUAAAUUAUUAGAAAAAGCAACAAGUCCAUUGUUACUUGAACCUGAUUGGGAAUCAGUUCUUCAACUUUGUGAUAUUGUUAAAUCACAAGACGUUCCAGCAAAAUAUGCAAUCCAAUCAAUAAAAAAGAAAUUUGGUCAUGAAAAUGCUCAUGUUGUUCUUAGUUCACUUCAAUGUUUGGAAUCAAUAGUAAAAAAUUGUGGAGGUACAAUUCACAAAGAAGUUUCCCAACGAGAUAUGAUCGAUGCUUUACGUGAAUUGGCAAAAAAUGGACCGGAUAUAAUUCGUGAUAAGGUACUUGAAUUAAUCCAAUGUUGGUCUUAUGGUCUUGGUCAACAACAUAAAAUCUUUGCUGACACAUAUAAUUUAAUGAAACUUGAAAACUAUCGUUUUCCACCAUUGAAAGAAAGUGAAGCUAUGUUUGAAAAUAGUGAUAUAGCACCAGAAUGGCGAGAUGAUAAAGAUUGUUUUCGGUGUCGACAAACAUUUUCAACUUUUAUUCGAAAACAUCAUUGUCGAGCAUGUGGUGAUAUCUUUUGCGAUAAAUGUUCAUCUAAACAAUGUCCAAUUCCAAAAUAUGGUAUGGAUCGUGAUGUACGUGUUUGUGAUGCAUGUUAUGAAAAAUUAACAUCUGGACAACCAGUUAAUCCAAAUCCAAUUCCAAAACCGAUUUCAACGGUCAAACCAAUGUUAUCGACUACUACUGCUGCACCAGCAGCUAAUCAAGGUAAAACUCAAGCUGAAAUCGAUGAAGAAGAAUCAUUUCAGUUAGCAUUGGCCAUAUCACAAAGUGAAGCUGAAGAAAAAGAACGACAAAAAAAACAGUUAACACAAAAAUAUGCAAUGUCAAGUUUUCUAUCAGCUCCAACUAAUAAUGAUCCACCGAAUGCACCCGAAGCUAAUAAUGAAUAUUCUGAAUUAACUAAAUAUAUUGAACGAGGACGUCGUGAACAACAACAAGAAAAUAUAAAUCCAACAAAUAUUUCCAACGGACAUGGAUUAGAAUUAAUCUCACAAUUACCAAAUGAAUUAAAUAAAUUUGUAACUGAUCUUGAAAUCGAUCAAUUUACGACUGUUGUUACUGAUCAUAUAAACAAUUUUAAAUUUCGAAUGUUAAGUAAUCAACAACGUAGUAGAAAUAUAACAACAGAUACAGCUGUUCAAUCUGUUUUUGUUAUGCUUCAACAUCUUCAUCCUGAACUUCAUCGUUACAUGCAAUUAUUAGAAGAUAAACGAGCUUAUUUUGAAAAUUUACAAGAUAAAUUAAAUCAAUUGAAAGAUGCACGUGAAGCAUUAAAUGCUUUACGUACAGAACAUUAUGAAAGAAAACAACAAGAAGCUUUAGAACGUGAUCGACAACGACAAAUACAAUUAGCACAAAAACUAGAUUUUAUGAGACAAAAGAAACAGGAAUAUCUUGAAUAUCAACGUCAAAUACAUCUUCAACGUUUAGCACAACAAGAACUUGAAAUGAAAACUCGUCUUGAACAACAACGACAAUUAACAUAUGCACGUGAACAACUUGUACAAAAUCCUCAAUUGUCGAUGGUGCCAUCGUAUGAUUACGGUCAAAUAUCUCAACAAAAUCCUAUGUAUCAAACACCAUAUAAUACUUUACCAACACAACAAAUAAUGGAUCCAUCAAAUCAAUAUUCAGUUGUAACACCUUUCCCAAAUCAACAAAAUUUACCUCAAAAUCAUUAUGCAUCCAUGCCGAUGUAUCCACCAAAAGCAGAUACGAAUUUAUUACCUCAGCUACCUAAUGGAUUACCAAUGCCGACUAUGCCCUAUUCAAUGGGAGCUAGUGGAGGUACUUGUAAUUUAUUUUAUUAA